AUGGCCUCGCCUCUAGACCAGGUGGUCAAGGGUGCCCCAACACCGGAUGCUCGCGCAUCCACCCCAGAGCCAUUGAGCUCCUUACGGUCAUCUCAAGCUCACCAGCCAGAUUCCUCCCCUCAACGUCCCUCGACCCCAGACCCGCUGGCACACCUGCCCUCCUCCCCUCCCCAGAUCUACCUUAACCUCUUAAUACUCGAAACCUCACUGCGAGCCCAGUAUUUGGCUCUGCGCGAACGUCGCCAUGGCCGCGGGGUCGGCGGCUCCGUCUACUGGGUGGUGGAGAUGGGGGAGAAAGUCGCCCUGCUUGGCGGGGUGGUUACCGCACUGCUCGUCUGGGGUACAGGGCAAUGGGAACGAGGAAUCAGAUGGCCUCGGCGCUGGCUCGCUGUCUCCAAUCGCGGCCUGCGUGUGAUGAACACCAAGAUCAUCAUCAUCCGCGGUCCCUUCUGGCAGGAGCUACUGUCUUACAGCCCCGCUGAUAAACGCGCUGGUGGUAGUCGGCAGCACUACCAACAGUACUACAACGGCACCGACAACGGGUCCAGCUUAGUAGAAGAAGACCUCAGUCCGGGAGGAGACUACAUCCGUCUCCUCCUCCUACCCAAGUCAUUCUCCCCAGAAUUCCGCGAAAACUGGGACGAUUACCGCACAGACUUCUGGGAAAAGGAAAACGAGCGCCGUGCCCAGCUACGCCUGAAACUGCGCGAGCGCGAGCAGCACCUCGCCCGAACCGAAGGAGGCUGGCUCGGCCGACUCGGGCUUGGCUGGCGCGCCUCCCAGCGCCGCCGCCUCGUCGCAGGAACCCUGCAUCGCUCAAUCGAGCCGGAAUUCAAACACCGCCUAGGCCACGGCCACCGCCCCUCUAUAUCGAAACUCAACCAGGAGCAGCGUGGUUCCUCCCGCCGCAAUACCCGCUCCGAGUCCCAUUCGCGCACUUCAUCCCGCAGCACCACCCCCGUCGACACCAGCUUCGAAGACCGUCCCUCCUCUCGCUCUUCCACUUCUAGUCGGCCCCGUCGCGGAAGCACCGCCUCCGGGCAGGACGCGAGCCCUCAACAGCGGAAACGGAAGGGCUCAACGCUUCGGCGGGGCCUGUCGCCUCUUACGCAGGCGCAGAUCAGAGAGGGUGUGCGUACACCGUCCUUCUCGUCUGACGACUCUGUGCUGCCUAUGGGUAUGGUUGAGAAAGAUAAAGAGGAGGCUAUACCGAAUUCUGUUCCGGAAAAUACUGCACCUUAG